CUUCGUCUCCGGCACAACAAAAUUGUUCGUCUUCGGCCAGAUUCCUCGAUUUUCUCCGUGUUCUGUAAUUUCCGAUAGAUUUUGACAACUCUCCCUGUUGUUUCUCUUUAGAUUUAUAUUUUUAUUUGCCUUUGUUUUUGUUUUCCUGUUCUAUUCGUUUCCUUUUGUUACCUUGUUUUGGUUUUGAUCUCAAAUCCUGCUCUACUCUACAAUCUUCAAUUCGAUUCUUCAAACGAACGAAGAACACACAAAUUGGAGCUUCACCGGACGUUGAUGAUAUAGCAUGAAUCAAGGAGGCAAUACUCAGGCCGUAGCACCAAUGGACCCUAAUUCCAUUGAGAAUCGAUAUGGUGUUGAUGGAAGCCAGGCACAUAAAUAUUCAUAUCAAUACUCAACUGGGUCUGACAGUGCCCCAUGGACAGCGCAUUCUGUUGAAAAUCAGGCUGUGGAGAAUGGGAACUAUUCAAAUUCAAACUAUUACCAUCCACAGCCCACGGGGCCAGCCACAAGCAAUGUGCAAGAAAUACCGAAUACUUCAUCCUUCACUAGCUCAUCGACGUCUGGAACUGCAAAUGUGGCACAAGAUUAUAGUGGAUAUACGCCAUACCAGACCUCUUCUGACCCACACAACUAUUCAAACACGGGAUAUUCCAAUUACUACAGUGGCUAUCAACAGCAACCUAGCCAGUCAUAUCCUCAGCCUGUAGGGACUUAUCAAAAUACAGGUGCUCCUCAGCCUCUUUCCUCAUUUCAGAAUCCAGGAUCUUAUGCUGGGACUGCAAGUUAUUCAGGAACUUACUACAAUCCUGCUGAUUAUCAGACUGCUGGAGGUUACCAAAGUACAAAUUAUAACAACCAAACGGCUGGAAGUUACCCAAGUACAAAUUACAGCAAUCAGACUCCUGCUUCGAACCAGGGAAACUAUAUGGAUUACACCUCAAACCCUUAUCAAAAUUAUACUCCUGACGCUGCUAACUCUCAUAGCUCUACUAUUGCAACCACACCACCUGUACAUUAUCAACAGAACUACCAACAAUGGUCAGAAUAUUACAGCCAAACAGAAGUCCCCUGUGCCCCAGGCACAGAAAAGUUGUCUGCCACAAGUGCAUAUAGUCAGAGCUUUCCAGUUCCUGGUGUUACUAGUGAAAUGCCUGCUUCAAAUAGUCAGCCUGCCCCGUCUUAUGUCCAACCUUGGAGGCCGGAAACUGACGCAUCCCAUCCACCUUCUCAGCAGCCUGGUACAGCUGUUAGUACAUCUAAUGAUGCUUACUGGAUACAUCAAGCACCAAGUCUGCAAGCUCAUCAUCCUGUUCCACCUCAAAAUCAUUACCCGAGUCCUCUGGAGACAAAACCUUUGUACGAGACCCCCUUUCAGGGUCAUCAGAGAGCUACCUAUCCUCAAGAGAUGAACUCCCAGCCUUCCUUUAACCAGGCACCGUUAGGCUAUCGCCAGCCUACUCAGACAGCACCGUCAGUGGAUUCGCAAAGGGUAAGCAAAGUACAGAUUCCAACUAACCCUAGAAUUGCUUCAAACUUGCCAUCAGGUUUUACCAAAAUGGAUAAAGACAGUACAUCAGCCAGUGCAGCCCAAGCACCUGCAUAUGUUAGUGUUUCAAUGCCAAAGCCUAAAGACCAUACCACUGCUAUGCCUGACCCUAACACCUUCCCAAAAUCGCUUCGUGGGUUUGUUGAGAGGGCUUUUGCACGCUGCAAAGAUGAUAAAGAAAAGGCAUCUUGCGAGGUAGCCCUGAGGAAGAUCGUCAAAAAAGCCAUGGAGGAUAAUACUCUUUAUACUCGAGAUUGGGAUACUGAGCCUCUCUCAACUGUCACGACCACAAAUGUGACUAACUCUGAGUCGAGCUCCACUCAGCUUUCUUCGUUACAAAAUAAGAGCCCAACAAGACGACCCAAAAGUAGAUGGGAGCCGUUAGUGGAAGGAAAACCUUUUGUGAAGCCAGCUUCAACUUUUAGAAGUGCUGUUAAAUUUGGAGCUUGGAAUCACCAAAAUGAAAACAACAAAAAGAGCUCUGAGAGUUUUCAAAAGGUGGAUGCUGCCACUGGCUUCAAGCCCACUUAUUCUGGGCAAAAUUCUGCAAAAAAAAAUUUCCAGCGGCCUGUCAAGCGACAGCGUUUUUCUGGUGGAGCAGCUACCGCCAUUGAUGAUGAGGCAUCUAGUGAUAGUGACAAGGAUUUGACACCUUACUAUUCCAGUGCAAUGGCACUUGCUAGUUCUGCUGAGGAAAAGAAGCGACGUGAUAGUCGUUCCAAGCGAUUUGAAAAAGUUCAAGGCCACAGCCGAGGGAAUGAUCUUACAAAACCUAAGAAUGCAAAUGUUGGAAAUUUGCAUACUAGAAGAGCCACUGCCUUGAGGCUUAGCAAAGUUUUUGAUGAAAGUGGCAGCAGAGCUGUGGAAGACAUUGACUGGGAUGCACUAACUGUUAAAGGCACUUGCCAAGAAAUUGAGAAACGUUAUCUCCGUCUGACUUCUGCGCCAGAUCCUGCAACUGUAAGACCAGAGGAUGUGUUGGAAAAAGCUCUGAUAAUGGUUCAGGAUUCUCAAAAGAAUUAUCUAUAUAAAUGUGAUCAGCUAAAGUCUAUUCGCCAAGACCUCACAGUACAACGGAUACACAAUCAAUUAACAGCUAAGGUUUAUGAAACACAUGCUAGAUUGGCUUUGGAGGCAGGGGAUUUACCUGAGUAUAAUCAGUGCCUGUCACAGUUAAAAACUCUUUAUGCGGAAGGUAUAGAAGGAUGCUCUCUGGAGUUUGCUGCGUACAGUCUACUCUAUAUUACUCUACACUCUAACAACAACCGAGAACUGCUAUCAUCCAUGUCCAGAUUAUCCGAAGAAGAUAAGAAGGAUGAAGCAGUUAGACAUGCUCUUUCAGUUCGUGCAGCUGUCACAUCAGGAAAUUAUGUUAUGUUCUUCAGACUCUACAAGACUGCACCGAACAUGAAUAGUUGCGUCAUGGAUCUCUAUGUGGAGAAGAUGCGUUACAAGGCUGUGAAUUUUAUGUCGCGUAGUUGUCGUCCUACAAUCCCGGUCUCAUACAUAGUCCAAGUGUUGGGCUUUACUGGUGCUGCAAGCGAGGCUACUGAUGAAAAGGAGAGUGAUGGUAUGGAGGAGUGUUUGGAAUGGCUAAAAACUCAUGGCGCUAACAUCAUUAUUGACAGCAACGGAGAUAUGCUUCUUGAUACCAAGGCGUCAUCAACGAGUCUCUUCAUGCCAGAACCUGAAGACGCAGUUGCUCAUGGAGAUCGAAAUCUAGACGUCAAUGAUUUUUUUACACGUACAUGAUGAAAAAAUUUAGUGUUUGUUAUAGUCUGAUGGAAACAAAAGAAAGCAAAAACGCUAAAAUGAAGUUCAUCAUAUCUUUUGAUCUUGAGGAGACCAAUGAAGAUAAUUCCAAGGCUCUCUGGCUUCAUCAUCUUCUGCCACACACACAAUCUCAGGUAUGACAUUUUAGGUUUAUAAUACUUCAUAGUCUGUUAGUAGGAAACGUUUGGAAGAUAAGUCAAAUUUGUUUGUAAAGACGUUUUUGUGAAUAUGGAAAUCCUUAUUUUUUCUAAAGAUUUUAAGAUAAGGUAAUCCAGGAAACUUACCUUUUUCUAUA